AUGGCCAUUGUCAGUCCUGGGAACAUUGAUCUUGGAAUGAUCAAGAACAGCUCUCUCUUUAGGACCAAAACACUCAAUGCAUUUCUAUUAGCAACAUCUGACUUCCUCAGUAAUCUACUUGAUGUUUCAAACCUAUCUUCAGGAUGCUCUUUCAGGUACUUCAAGCUUCAACAUCAAUCAACUAUUGCAGUAAUUACAUCGCAACAAAUGGCAUGUGCACUUGGAUCUGAUGGCAAACUAAAAGAUGCUAGUGCAAUUGAUUGGUACAAUGACCCAGAUGAUGACUUCCCCAUUCCUACUCCAUCUCCACCUUCUGCAUCCAAUGGCACACUGACUGCUUUUGUGUCUUUUUGCUCAGGUCGAGCUCUUAAACCAACAGAGAAAAUCCAUGAAGCUGCCAACACAGCUCUAGCCAAACAAUUGGCUCCAGUGCCUCCUCAAGGGCAGCCUGCACUCAAGCAAGUGCAAACUGGCUCCUGUCUUGUCCAUUACCAUGAUAAUAAUGACAAUGAUAUUUACUAUGAUAAUGUCCCCUCUAAUGUACUCUGUCAUCCUAGCACUUGA